AUGAAACUAGAAGUUCGACAAGGAAGUUCCGCGCAAUCCGAGCAUCUGCAUCUGGAAGGGAAGAUUUAUAAAGCUGAUGGAAAAUCAAACGGCGAGCAAUCAGCAGACCAGAGGAAAUUUAAGAAAGUGCAUCGUACAGGAAAUUUGCCUCUGGAAGCGCUCGGUGAUUUAAAGAUUAACGGUGGCAGGAACACCAGUACAUCGGUCGCUUGCUGGCAGGUCUUUAUUGUAGCACACACAUCCGACGGCGUACGACAGUCAUGCGGUGGAGUGAUUAUCGGUAGUCGCACGGUUCUGACUACUGCUGGCUGUUUAGUGGACAGCAUUACGAGGUUGGGCUUGCCAUUGGAAAGCAUCCAGGUGAUCGUCGGCGCUCUCGACAGCAACGCACCGGCGUCAAAUGCCGACGACUUUAUCGGAUGUGCUGAGACGUUCAAUGUGUCAACGUAUAUGCUCCACCCGGAUUAUAAUGACGCGUUGGCUAACAACGAUAUCGCCAUCCUAACCGUGACCCCGCCCAUCGACGUUGACCACAAACCGUGCGCUUGCAUCCUGUGCUUCAGUAGCCGACAACCCAGUGUUGGCGAGACCUGCGCUGUCACGGGUUACGGUGCCGCAAUUAAUGCGAAAAAUCCACUGCAAUGGAUUCGUCAAGAGAUUGUCAAUCAAGACGUUUCGAUAUGUCCUGAAUGGACGAAUACAAACGGAACGCUGAUCACGAAUACAACGGGGUACAUUUGUACACAAAGCCCGCCUACUGGAAAUCCUGUCCUUGGAGACGGCGGUGGAGCACUGGUUUGUCUGGAUCCUUCCAGUAAUACAUACUAUCUAGCCGGCAUCCUGGCUUUUGGCGAUCGAGGUUUCAGCCAGAACGUAAAUGUCGCACUGUAUCUCUCGUGGAUUUCAGAAAGCUCCAUCCCAGGAGAUAUUACUGUACCGGGCUUGGGCAGCCCAGCUCCCACAAUUACAACAUCCCUGCCUUUCACAUCUCCCACUAUGGCGCCCCGGACAACGCCGCAUCCCUUUACCCCUCUUCCACCACCACCGCCCACGACACCGGGAAUCACCGAAGCCUGCGGAAUACCGCGAAACGGUGGAAUGGACCCGUUCGGCAUCGUAGGGUCGCGAGGGCAAUUACCAUUCGAAGUGACACAUCUCGGGAAACUACGGGCCACCCGUCAACGCCGCAAUCUCGAUGCGAACGCCGAGCUGGAAGCGCGUAUCAUCGGUGGAUUCGGUUCUUUUCCAGAGAUCGUUUGUUGGCAGGCGUUUAUGGUGGUGGACCAGGGAAAUGAGACUGACGUCACGUGUGGUGGGGUAAUCCUCGGGUCACGAACGAUCUUAACGGCCGCAGCUUGCAUGAUGGACGCGGAUGGAAACAUGAUCCGUAAUACGAGCAAGAUCACAGUCACGGUGGGCGCACUGAACAGUGAUGCUCCCGCAAGUAACAUUCAGGAUCUGUCGAGAUGCGCGCAAUGGUUUGCCGUGCAGAGUGUCAUCCCGCAUCCCGAUUUCUAUGGACCAACUGCCGAUAAUAAUAUUGGACUACUGAUUUUGUCCAGUCCCAUUGACCUGGUCAGGAAGCCAUGCGCUUGCCCGCUAUGUUUGUCCGAUCACGUGCCGCAGAUUAACGAGACAUGCGUUAUGAGUGGUUACGGAGCAGAAGGCAAUGCGAACGACACCACGCAGCGCACGACAGUCCCGUUGAAAUGGGUCGUGCAGAAGAUCGUUCUGCAGUCCAAUACAUGCCAGUCGAUGUGCGAUAGGUUCGGCCGCUGCACCGAUCGGAGCAACUUCAUUUGUAGCCAAGGUGUAUGGGGACAGGAUCAGUGCACCGGAGACAACGGUGGCCCGCUGUUUUGCUACGAUUCCACCCACAAUAACUACUACUUGGCGGGAGUGAUUGCGUUUACAUCGAGCUUCUGUGGGGCGGGUCUCGGUGGGCAGAGUGUACAGGUGACGCGCUAUUUGCAGUGGAUAGUGAACAACGCGAUUCCGGGUGAUGUGCAAGUGCAGAAAGCUGAUGCUUUCAGCACAACGAGAACCCCUUCUCAGCGGACAACGACUACGCCAGUCCAGCGCACAACAACGUUCCCAGGCAUCACUACCUCGCGCAUAACUACAACUCAGAAAGAAACCUGGUAUCCAGCUGCUGCGGUCCUUAUUGUCGCACACACACUGGACGGCCAACGACAGACGUGUGGCGGAGUGAUUAUCGGCAGUCGAACAGUUCUCACCACGGCCGGCUGUUUAGUGGACAGUAUUACAAGGUUGGGCCUGCCAUUGGACAACAUCCAGGUCAUCGUGGGUGCUCUCGACAGCAACGCACCGGCAUCUAAUGCCGAUGAUUUUAUCGAAUGUGCUGAGACGUUCAAUGUAUCAACGUACAUAUUCCACCCGGAUUAUGACGACGCGCUAGCCAACAACGAUAUCGCCAUCGUCACAGUGGCGUCGCCGAUCGACGUGGACCACAAGCCGUGCGUCUGCGUUCUGUGUUUUAGCAGCCGACAGCCCAGUGUGGGCGAGACCUGUGCCAUUACUGGAUACGGUGCUAACGAGCUUACUGAAGAGCUUGCGAGUACGCUUUUUCGGCCUUUCUAA